CCAAAGAUGCCAACGGCGAGCGGCCCGGUGGUGCCCCUGGGCAAGCUCCAGGAGUACCUGGAGCUGCUCUUGGUCUGCUCCAAGUGCAGCGUGAGAGAGAACGAGACCACCUACCAGCUGCAGGAGGUGGAACACAAGUGCAUGUACGAGAUCCUGCUGGCCCGCCGCCGCGGCCGGCGCGGCGCAGCCUGGAGGAAGGUCUCCAGGAGGCCGGGCUUCCCCAACCCUGCACGCUACACCGUCUGCAGGUCCUAUGCGGUGGGGCUGGGCUGCAGCAAGCACAGGAACCAGUGCACCUUUGCCUGGAGCCCCGAGGAGGCCAUGGUCUGGAACUUCGAGAGGGAGCAGCAGGUGGAGCGGCGCUGGCUGAAGGCGGCCGUGCUGGAGGCGCAGCUGGGAGGGGACCCUGCGGCCGGGCAGCGGCGCCUGGCCAGCGCGGCCGAGGAGAUCGCCAGCGAGUUCGGGGGGCAGUUCCAGGAGGUCUGCAAGCCCUGCUUCUUCGGCUGCCCCCAGCGCAUCUCCGGGGACGGCUCGGGGCGGCUGUGCGAGUGCCACCGGCGCUGGGAGCCGCUGCUGGUGCACGCCACCUCCAACGGCCGCGGCAAGAGGCAGUACACCGCCGUCCGGCCCUGCCCCGAGUUCAAGUCCACCUUCAGCUACUGCAGGCAUGUCUCCACGGGCCGGCCCUGCAAGCUCGGCCCCCAGCGGUGCCAGGAUGCCCACAGCGACGUGGAGAUGGCCGUCUGGGAGGCCGAGAGGGAGCGAGGUCUGCUGCGCUCCCACCUGCUGCCGGCCGCCGAGAGCUGCAGCGGCGACGGCCAGGCGGCGGCGCCCCCUCAGGCGCUCUUCUACUGCCGGCUCUGCGUGGUCACCUUCAGCUCGCAGGAGAGCUUCGAGAACCACUGCUCCUCUGUGGAGCACAAGCAGCUGCUGGCUGCUGACACCUCUGUCCAGUGGGUCCAUCGUGCACCGCCGCUGGGGCUGACCACCUUCUCCAUGUGCAGCAGGAUGGAGGUGUGUGAAAUGGGGAAGAGAUGCACCAAGGCUCAUUCCGCUGAGGAGCUGCAGGAGUGGAUCCAGAGGGUGAAGGUGAAGGCCAAGAACAAGCAGCAAGCGCUGAAGGAAGGGCUCCUGUCCUACCAGGACAGGCUCCUCAACGAGUAUCGGACCUGCUCCAACGAGGUCUUGAUUAUGGCUGAGCACAUCGAGGGGGUGAGGGUUGUGUGUGAGCAGGCCCUGAACGUGCAGCUGGAGGACAGGAAGAAAAGUUUCCAGUGGAGGUUCAAGGUUUACUCCAAGAUGCCCCUGCAGCACGUGGCCCUCCUCAGGCGGGAGCCUGGAGCCAAUUUCUGCCUGGUGGGGCAGGGCCUCUCCCAGGGGCUCUCCUACCUGCGCGGGGAGCGCGUGGCCACCCUGCCCUGCUGCCCGCCGGCCGCGCUGCUGGAGGUGCGCGUGGAGUGCUGCGCCCUGGGCCUCUUCGAGCAGUGGCUGGCCCUGGACUUCGGCAGCCGCCCCGUGCUGGUCCAGAAGCUGAGGGUGAAGGUGGGCAGGCGAGAGGCCCCCCAGCACCUGCCGGGCAGCAGGGAGGACGCCCGGCCCGUCGACGUCGUGCGGUGGCACCGCGGCAACCGCAUCAUCGUGCCCAGCGUGCCCAGGACCAGCGAGGACGUGGAGCUGCUGGCCAAGUACAAGCCUCCUGCUCUUGCCCUGGACUACAGGCGCGAGGCUGGGCUGGUCCUGCCCAUCACUCGCCUCAACUACCGCCAGAGGAUGCACAGCUUCCUCUUCCGCGAGGAAGAGGCCGAGCAGGCUCUGGUUGCCAAACUCAACCUGCGGGUCCGCAUCUCGCUGACCCCCAUGCUGCAGAACCUCUCCACGGGGAUGAAGAUUGCCCUGCCUGGGGAGCUCUUCGCUGAAGUGCCUACCCCCUACAACCUCUCGCCGGACACGGACGAGGGCUACCUGCUCACCAGGUCUGUGCCCACUGCCUUCCUGGCGCUUGACCCCCCCGUGGACGAGCGGGUGUACGAGGUUCACGUGGAGCACAAGGCCGCCACGGAGAAGACCAUCUGGCUGCAGAUCCCAGAGAGGUGCUGCUCGGAUCUGAACUUGGAGGCAAACACUUCCCGCAAGGUGGAGAUCCAGUUCCAGAUCGACCAGCUGCUCUUCCGCCACUGGCACCAAGCCGUGGACCAUCUGCUGGACGAGAAGCUGGUCCUGCCCGACGUUGCCAGCUGCACCAUCCCCUGCCCCCUCGGCACCCCUGAGGCUGGGAACACCAAGCAGAAGCAAGCCAUCUCCUUCAUCACGGGCCGGCCGGCCAGCAGCAGGCAGGUCCCCCCUCUCCUCAUCUAUGGACCCUUCGGCACGGGGAAGACCUUCACCUUGGCCAUGGCCACCUUGGAGAUCCUCAGGCAGCGCAACACACGGGUGCUGAUCUGCACUCACACCAACAGCGCCGCAGACAUCUACAUCCGGGAGUACUUCCACAGCUAUGUGACCAAAGGGCAUCCCUGGGCAGUGCCCCUGAGGAUCAUCUCCACCGACCGCCCUGUCAGCCUGACCGACUCCACCACGCAGCUCUACUGCUGCCUCUCCCCGGACCAGCGCACCUUCCGCCACCCCACCCGGGCCGAGAUCGACAGGCACCACAUCAUCAUCACCACCUCCACCUUGUCCAAGAACCUGAAGGUCCCCCCCGGCUACUUCAGCCACAUCAUGAUCGACGAGGCGGCGCAGAUGCUGGAGUGCGAGGCGCUGAUUCCCCUCUCCUACGCCACCCUCCAGACCCGCGUGGUGCUGGCCGGGGACCACAUGCAGAUAACCCCCAAGCUGUUCUGCGUGGAGGAUGGGCAGUCUGCUGACCACACCCUGCUGAACAGACUCUUCCAGUUCUACCAGAAGGAGAAGCACGAGGUGGCCACCAAGAGCAGGAUCAUCUUCAACGAGAAUUACCGCUCCACCGCCGGCAUCAUCGAGUUCGUCUCCAAGCACUUCUACGUCGGCAAAGGCGACGCCAUCCACGCCAGCGGGAGCAUCCCGCCCCACCCCGAGAUCUACCCACUCGUGUUCUGCCACGUGGCUGGGGUGGCAGAGAAGGACAUCUCCAUGAUCUCCUGGCACAACGCCUCCGAGAUCGUGCAAGUGGUUGAGAAAGUGAAGGAGAUCUGCGAGCGCUGGCCGGACGAGUGGGGCGCCCGAGACCUGAAGAAGAUCUGUGUGGUCUCCCAUGGGAACCAGGUUUCUGCAAUGAGACAAGAGCUGAGGAAGAAGCACUUCCAAGAUGUGGUGGUAGAAAACUACGAGAACCUGCCAGGGCGAGAGUUCCGAGUCAUCAUCCUCAGCACGGUGCACACCCGCAGGAGCCUGCGCCUCUCAGCCUCCCACCACCUGGAGUUCUUCAACGAAGCCAGGGUGCUCAACACCAUCAUGACCCGGGCCCAGUCGCUGGUGGUGGCGGUGGGGGACGCCGUGGCCCUGUGCUCCCACGGGCAGUGCAGCAAGGUGUGGAAGCGUUACAUCCAGCAGUGCAUCGAGCAGGGCAGCGUCUCCCCGCAGAGCCUCACCAUGGCCCAGAUCAAACAGGCUGCCUGCGACACGGAGAGCUGGAGCAGGAGCAGCCCGGAGCGGCGUGAGCGGGACAGCGACAGCGACUCCUCCGGCUCUGAGGCCGAGAGCACCAACCCCGAGGAUCCCAUCCUGCAGGAGCUCCUAGAUGAGAGCAAGAACAUGCUGGUGACGGUGUCCGAAGAAGGGCUGCUGAACGUCAAGCCUGAGGCUUCCAACCUGUGGCAGGGCAGGAAGGAGUACGUCAGCUUCCCCCUGCAGACGAUGCAGCAGUACCUGCACAUGCACCCCAGAAUGUACAAGAGGUGCGAGCUGAUCAAGGAAGCGUUCGACAGAGCUUCCGCCUUCACCCUCGACUCCCCCGCCAUGACCAUCCAGAUCAAGGGCAGAGUGAACUGCGGCACGGCCUUCACGGGGGACGAGGUGCUGGUGGAGCUCCUGCAGGGCGGCUCGGCCGACGGCGGCCACCACCCUCAGGGCAAGGUGGUUGGCGUCUUCAGGCGCGCCGAGAUCGAGCAGACCUUCGUCUGCAGGAUGGACGAGUUCGACCCCCGGGUGAUGAUCCCCAUCGACCCCACCGUCACCAAGAUCUUCGUCCCGGGGCUGAAGGGGAAGCCCAACGUCAUCCCCGUCCGCAGGCUGGUCAACGGCCAGUACAGUGUGGUCAGCUGCGAGAAGGUCAGGCAGGACAGGAGGAGGAGCCAGCUCUUCUGCGUCCAGGUCAUCUCCUGGCGGGAAGGCUUCUACUUCCCUUUGGGGGUGGUAACGGAGGUCCUGCAGGUGGCCUUGACUUUGGAGAGAGGCUUGAGGAACCUCAACCUGCGCUACAAUUUGGAGAGGGAAUACCCAGCCGCUGUCCUCGAGGAGGCGAGCAGCUACACCUCCAGCGGUAAAAUCAACCUGGCCGAGGAGCACCUGAAGGACUGCCGCAGCUACUGGACCUUCACCGUUGACCCUGAAGGCGCCAGAGACUUGGAUGACGCCAUCAGCGUCCGGGACCUUGGGCGCCGCUACGAGAUCGGGAUCCACAUCGCCAACGUCGCCGGCGUCGUCCCCAAAGGCAGCGCCUUGGACCAGGAAGCCAGGAGGCGUGGGGCCACCUACUAUGCUCCCAACCAGGAGCCCGUCUGCAUGUUCCCCCCGCACAUCAGCCAGGACGCCUGCAGCCUCCUGCCCGCCAAGGACCGCCGCGUGGUCUCCCUGUUCGUCACCGUGGAGAAGGGCACCGACGAGAUGUUAAAGGAGGUCUUCAACAUCUCCGUGAUCCGCUCGGACCGGCAGCUGUCCUACGAGGAGGCAGAGCUCUGCAUUAGGGACCGCUACAGGGGGGCCGCAGGGCCCCUCUGCUUCGACACCCUGGAGGACUGCGUGGCUGUGGCCUACCACUUCUCCAGGGUGCACCGGAAGUGCCGGCUGCAGGACGACUGCUUCUACGAGCGGCUGGACGAGGAGAGCUGCCCGGGAGACAGGGGAGCCCACCAGAUGAUCGAGGAGUUAAUGAUCAUGUUCAACAGCUUCGUGGCCGAGUUCCUCACCAACAAGGAGGACACCAGAAGCGUCACUCCUCUGCGGUGCCAGUGCGAGCCCAGCCCUCAGCAGAUCUCUCACAUGAGGAACAAGUGCAGCCACGUCCUCCCUUGGUCCAUCCACCUCUCGCACCACCUGGGGCAGGCGCCUCCCAGCCCAGCCUCCUCUCAGAACAUGGAGUUCUCUCUGCUGCCCUCCGUCUGGGAGCACUUGCAGGCGGCCGCUAAAGACCGCGACUUCAACAAGAUGCUAGACCUGGUGGUCACCGAUGACAUCCACCCCAAGCUGGCCCCCGUGGCCCUGGAGUUCAGGAGGCUGCUGAGCCACUCCUAUUUCAGCCGCUCCAACUCCAGCGUCCAGUCCAAAGCCGGCCACUACUCCCUGCACGUCGACUCCUACACGUGGGCUUCCUCCCCCAUCCGCCGCUACCUGGACGUGGUGGUGCAGCGGCACCUGCACGCCAUGCUGCGCAGGCAGCCCGUCGGCUACUCGCCGGACGACGUCGAGCUCCUCUGCUACGACUUCAACAGGAAGAACUCCCUGGCCACCCAGUUCGAGAAGAUGGCUCGCUACCUGCAGAUGGCCACCCAGCUGAAGAGGCAAGUGCUGCAGAAGGUGGCCUUCGUGGUGGACGUCAAAGGCGUCAAGAACUACUUCAAGGCUUUGUUUCCGCUGAACAAAGAGACCCUUCCCGACCCCCAGAAGAUUAACUACAGGUCCCUUCAGCUGAUAGAGCAGCCCCUGUUCAUCGAGGAGCAGAACAGCAUCAGGCUGAUGUGGAGGAGGAGGAUGUACUCUGCGGAGACCCUGAAGGACCACAUGCUGCAGGACAGACCCCUCCUCGACCGCAGCCUCACCCUCGUCACUGCCCAGACCUGGCAGGAGGUGCUGGCGGCCAUCAGGAAGGAGGACUUUGAGACCGCUGCCAGCCUCCUGGAGGAGGAGCAGGAGGUGUACCCGCGGCACACGGGCAGGGUGAGGAAGAGCGAAUGCCAGCACUACGUGGAGCUGAGCCUGGAGCUGAGCGCUGGGGACACGCUGCAGCUCCAGCUCACCGCCGACGUUCACCGCGGCUUCCUGGAGCCCUCGGUGCAGCUCUGGUGCCUGGUGCCCGGCUUCGACAUCUGCCUGCAGCACACGGACAAGCCCAUCGAGUGCUUCUCGGCCUAUGCCACCCUGCCCUCCAAGGACAGGUACAAGGACACCCUGGAUUACUCCAAGGUGUGGAUGCCCAUGAGCUCCAUGGAGUCUGCGCUGUGCGCCGUGGCCGAAAACGAGUCCAUAAUCCUCCACGACGUCCAGAUCAUCUGGGCGCAGCAGAGGACGAGCAAAGGGCAGCUGCAGGGGAAAUUCAGCCUCAGCAAGCUGUGCUUGGAGGAGUGCUCCAUUGAGGUGGACUUCAACAACUGCUACUUGUGCAUUCGCUUGGGUGGGCUGAAGCUUGGGAGCCUUCAAAGCGAGGAGGAAAGCCUCAGCCAGGGUCUGCGGAACCUGACUUUGCUUAACAAGGGCAGGUCGGAGAGAAAGCUGGUGGUUGAUCCAGACACCUACACCUGGGUGGCUCAUGGGGUCACUGAAGAGUUUGGUGACAAUGACAAGUCAGCCCAGGACAGAGACAGGAUCACUCAGAAGACGGUGAACUUUUACAUCCACCACAUGUCCAUGGAGAGCAUCCCCAUGGAAAUCUUGAAGAGCUCUGCCAGCUUCACAGUGGAGCUCAUCCCAAAGACGCUGCCAGAUGUGCGCAAGGAAAAGGCAAUCAGGAAGCUGGAGUUUGCUUCUGAGCUUGCUAAGAGCAUUGCCCUUGGCCAUGAACCUCCUAUGAAAGUGACCACGUCCAGCAUCCUGCUGCAGAGCUCCUUUGACAUCUCUGGCAGAACCACUCUCAACAGGAGUCAGACCGAGGCUGUUCGGCUUGCUCUGAGAAGACCUUUCACACUCAUCCAAGGCCCACCAGGCACAGGGAAAACUGUGGUUGGAACUCACAUUGUCUACUGGUUCCAUGAGCUGAAUGCGGAUGGUGUUGGGGAGCAAAAGCCACCAACCUCUGAAGGCAGAAAGGUCAUGGGGGGAAAGUACAUCCUGUACUGUGGCCCCUCCAACAAGUCCGUGGAUGUCGUCGCCGAGAUGCUGCUGAAGAUAAAGGGACUGAAACCACUGAGGGUCUACGGGGAGGCCAUUGAGGCCAUGGAGUUCCCAUACCCAGGCAGCAACCGGCACCUCUACCGCAAAACCCUGCGCGAUGCCAAACCCAAGAAGGAGCUCAGUCAAAUCAUCCUGCACCAUCGCAUCCGGCGGCCGCCCAACCCCUACUGGCACCAGAUCUGCUACUUUGACGACCGGGUGAGGAGCGGGGAGGAGAUAGGAGAGGAAGAGACAAAGCAGUACAAAACCAUGCUGACAGAAGCUCGUGCCUACGAGCUGGCUCACCACAAUGUCAUCCUCUGCACCUGCUCUGCUGCUUCUGCCCCCUCCCUGGAGAAGCUCAACGUCAAGCAGGUCAUCAUUGAUGAGUGUGCCAUGGCCACAGAGCCUGAGACCCUCAUCCCCUUGGUCAGCCACAGCUAUGCUGAGAAGGUUGUUUUGCUUGGGGAUCACAAACAGCUGCAGCCUGUGGUCAACAAUGAGUUCUGCAAGAGCCUUGGCAUGGAGACCUCUCUCUUUGAGCGCUACCACAGCCAGGCCUGGAUGCUGGACACGCAGUACCGCAUGCACAAGAACAUUUGUGAGUUCCCAUCCCAGCAGUUUUAUGAAGGGAAGCUGAAAACCUGGUCCCAGCUGCAUCGCAGACCCAGCAUCUUCUGCCACAGAACUAACCACUGCUGCCCUGUCAUCUUCGGGCACGUGGAGGGCAGGGAGCAGAGCCUCAUCAUUUCUACUGAAGAAGGGAAUGAGAACUCCAAAGCUAACCUGGAAGAAGUGCAGGAGGCGGUGCGGCUGGCGAAGCAGCUGACGCUAGAUGGCGGCAUCGAGCCGGAGAAGGUCGCCAUCCUCAGCCCCUACAACGCCCAGGUGGCAGAGAUCAACAAGCGCCUGCAGAGGGAGGGCAUCUCUGGAGUCACCGUCUGCACCAUCAUGAAGAGUCAAGGCAGCGAGUGGCGGUACGUGAUCCUGUCCACCGUGCGCUCCUGCCCCUGCGACGAGAUCGACAGCACGCCCACCAAGAGCUGGCAGAAGACCUACCUGGGCUUUGUCACCAACCCAAACCAGGUCAAUGUGGCCAUCACACGAGCUCAGGAAGGACUCUGCAUCAUAGGGAACAGAUACCUGCUGCAGUGCAACGGCCUGUGGAAGAGACUCCUGCAGCACUACCAGCAGCACAACUGCUGCACAGCAGCCCAGAGGAUUCUUGUCAGGACUCCAGCCUUGGCUGCACCUCCAUGA